CUGACUACUCAAACAGCAAAAAACAAAACAGACUUUGCCCUGCAUUUGAACAUGAAAUGCAACAGUACACGUCGUAGUUGUUUGUUGUGUGGUACAAUGGAAGAAGAAGAUCCAUCGAUACGAAAAACUUUAAUAGUUCAAUGCUUCAAAGAUUUGCAUCUAAUUGAAGAUAUGGAACUUGUUCUCACCUUAAGAUGCCUCUGGAAUAUUGCUCUUGCUCAACCUGAUGACCCUGAAUUCCCGUCCCUCGGCGUUUUUAAUUGCAUGGCUAGACUUCUCAACAGCUGCACCCGUGACCAAAAAUGGCUUUCAAGAGGUCAUAACGUGUAUGUCCCUUAUUAUGCAGCUCAUAUCAUUGGCUCCUACACCAUGAACAAAGCUAGAUUCUCUGUUUUGGCUGUUAAAUCAGGCGUAAUUUCGCCAUUAAUAGACCUCUUAAGAGGUAAGAUAACUUGGGUCGAGCAAAGAGUGGCUGUUAGAGCACUUGGUCACAUUGCGCGACAUAGAAGGACAUUUGAAGACAUUAUGGUCCAUGAAGUAGAGAUUAUGAAACUAGCCAUGGACAUAGCUUCCAAAUGCAUUUUUACAAUCUAUAGCGAGUUUGUGUGCAAGAAAACUGAAAACAGAGUCGAAUAUCAUUGCUAUUUGAUGACAAAAGGUCUCAGAGAAUUCGAAAUGGAGAAUAAAAAAGCAGAGUCUUGGGCUUGCCAAAUGCAAUGCUGGUCUCUAUACCUUCUCAACUGCUUCAUUACAAAGAAAAGAAGCAUCAAUUUAAUAUGCAAAGAAGAUUUUCUCAAGAAUUUAUGUGAUAUAUGGGGUGGAUUACAGAACCAGAAUUCUUUCUCUGGCAUUGGCCUAAUCAGAAGUCUUUGUGAAAGCGAAGAUGGUAGAAAAAACAUUGCUCAAUUAGAACAAGUCGUAGAAAAUAUCUGCAACCUCUCUAGAUCAUCGGACGAAUGGCAAUUCAUGGCAAUUGAAAGUCUUUUGGUACUUCUCAAGGAUCCAAAAACAAGAAACAGAGUAACCAACAUUGCAGCUCCUUUUCUUGCUGAUUUAGUAGAGCUUAGAACUAUCAAAGGAAGACGAAAAAUCGGUGACAUGAUAACGCAACUACUCUUGCAAGAUUAUGCUAAAAUCAAAUAUGGUCAAGUGGGGUUCGACGAAAUAGGAUCACAAAAGGCAAUUGAAGAGAUUUGGGACUUGAAAGUUGAAAAAAGGAAAAGGGAUAAAAUCAUGUCGGAACAAGAAGUGAAGGAAACAGAGCUUUUGGUUUCCGUUUUAAAACGUGAAGGAAACAAGAAAUUUUGGUCAAGUGAGAUUGAAGCAGCUGUAAACAAGUACACAAAGGCUUUAGAUUUAUGUCCACUAAACUUAAGAAAAGAAAGGAUUGUUCUUUAUAGCAAUAGAGCUCAAUGUCAUUUAAUUUUAGGAGAAGCAGAGUUAGCUAUUAGUGAUACAACUCGAGCCUUAUGCUUAUCAGGUGAAAUGAGGCCACAUAUAAAGAGCCUGUGGCGAAGAUCGCAGGCUUAUCACAUGAAAGGAUUGGCUAGACUAAGUUUAAUGGAUUGCUUAAUGUUCAUCAAUGAACGAAGCAAGUUGAAUGGAAACAAAAGCAGCACAAGGAAAAUCCCAUACUAUGCAAUCCGCAUGUUGAACAAGCAGAUGACAGCCACGUGGAUUUUUGCAGAUGCCGCGAAGUCCAUGAAAGAUGACAUUGAUGACAAUGGAACUCAUAAAUCCAGGGUCCAGCAUCGCCUUGCAGGUGGAAAAAUGAAAGGGAAGAUAGAAGAGGCACUAUUAAAAAGCAUGCCAACCCCGGUGAAAGACAAGGAGCAUCGGCUCUUGAAAAAGGGACGGCUUUGGAGAACAAGUCGGAGAAGCAAAGGCGUUAUUGAACCAUCACAGGAGCGGUAAGUACAAGAAAAAUGUGAUAGCUCGUUACGAGUUGAGGAACUUUAAGGUUCAUGAACGGGUCUUUCUUUCAUGUGGAGUAAGCUAUUCAUAUCUUUUGUUCAAAUGCAGAAUUAACCGUGUGAGUGACAUUCCACCUGUUAGUUCCCCUUUCCUGUCAAUUCUUACAACCGACAUACUCUUGCGUUUUCUAGAUACGAUUUUGUUUCUCUGUGGAAACAAAAAACACUUUUGGAAGUUAAUCCUAUUAAGGAGGGAAGGAAAUAUGUGAUUUUGUUCAUCUAAUCAAAUCCUUUUCAGACAAUGUACUUUUUGGUUUGAUAUGGUCCUCCUGGACAAGACAACAAAACAAAUACACCAUAUAUGGAUACCAAACAGACAAGUUUUUUAGAAUAGAUCUGCUGAGGUAUCGUAUCGUACCUAACCCGGUAGAUUUUGUUUUUGUUCCAAAUGCUGAAAACUGGUGAGCAUUUGACUAUGUUUAUUAUUUUUUUUUUCUCCUUUGCACUUGUUAUAGUUUAGUCCACUGGUAAUUAUUGCUUCUCACUAUGCGUUUGAUAUCGACUCGUUUCUGUAUUUGCCUUGCCUCUUUGAAAAUGAUUACUAGCCUCCGUUCAGAAUGAAAUGGAGGAAAGUUUGCAAAGCGGGGGUCAGAGGUUCAGAACCACCAUUUUCAUUACAUGGGCUAAAAAGUGAGACUUUUGACCCCUACUUCUUAAUUCAUUCAUCACCACCCUGCAAACUAUAGAAGAAACGGGUCCGUCUAACUGCAUAAAGAAACACAAAAUACAAGGACAACAAACAAAGACUAGAAAACCCAUUUAUUCAUUUCUUUUCAAAUAACUAUCCUGAAAUCUAACAUGGUAAUCUAAAAGAAAGGAAACAAUGAGAGGGCAGAUCAUACACAAUACAACUAAAA